AAAACCCUUCCUUGGCGCCGCAAUUUUUUUUUACCAUCUUAUGGACCUCUUCGCCGCCGACCACUUCCCCGUCCCCGACCACGUCACUCCUUUUCCCGAUUCCGGCGACCUCCUUUACACCACCGACCUCCUCUCUCACCGCCACAACCCCCAGAAGCUCCGCCCAAUCAGGUCCAUCCCCUCCCCUCUCAAUGCCCACCCUUCUCUACCCACCCGAAGGCAAGAUCCCAUCCCUCCCGGGUCGGGUCAUGCCCCGCUUCCAUCCGGCUCCUCUUUUGAGGGUGAGGAUGAAGAUGAUGAUUCAUCAGCAAGUACUAAAGAACUUGGGUCUAGAAAGAGAAGGAGAAAGACAGUGAGAAAGCUUGAAGAUUUCGUGAAGGAUUUGGUGACGAAGGUGAUGGAGAAGCAAGAGCAGAUGCACAAGCAGUUAGUGGAAAUGAUAGAAAACAAGGAAAGGGAAAGAAUAAAGAGAGAAGAAGCUUGGAAGCAUGAGGAGAUGGAAAGAAUUAGAAAAGAUGAAGAAGCUAGAGCCCAAGAAAAGACUCGCAAUUUAGCCCUCAUAUCCUUCAUUCAGAACCUCUUGGGCCAUGAAAUUCAAAUCCCAGAACAUGUAGAAGCAUGCAGCAAAAGAGAAGAGGAUGAGGUUCAGGUGAAUGUUGGAAAAGAUUUAAACAGUGAUGCAAGUAGCAACAGAUGGCCAGAUGUUGAAGUACAAGCACUCAUAACUGUGAGAACUUCAUUGGAACACAAGUUUCGUGUCAUGGGAUCAAAAGGGUCAAUAUGGGAGGAGAUACGUGAAGCAAUGCAUGGCAUGGGUUACAACCGCUCUGCAAAGAAGUGUAAGGAGAAGUGGGAGAACAUCAACAAGUACUACAGAAGGACGAUAGGGAGUGGCAAGAAAAGGCGUCAAAAUAGUAAAACUUGUCCUUACUUUGAUGAGUUGGACAUUCUGUAUAGAAAUGGGCUUCUCAAUCUUGGAAAUGCCCUGAGCAAUACCAAUGAUGUUCCCAAGAUUGAGGAGAAGGAGUAGAGUGAAACUUAAGAGUCAUAAAUAUAGCUUGUGUAAAAUUUCCUGCACUUCCCUAUUUAUUCAGUCAUCAUUCUUCUGAAUUUCCUCACUGAUGAUGAACUUUAGUGGACAAUAUACCAUCCUGUAACUCUGCAUUUAAAUAUUAAGUUCAUUGGGUUGAGCUUUUUUUGUUGGGGCGGUAUAACACAAUUGAGGUGAUGUGGAUUAAAGAUAGUUCAUGUUAAAUUCCUACCUCUUCAGCAAUUCUAAUUAAAAAGAAUAAGAGAACUUCAUUCUUGUGAUAGAAGUAAAAACAAUUUUAUAUAAAAAGUAAUUUGUGUUUCAGGGAGCAGUUCUUUUGGAACUUAAUUAGGCUCGUCUUAUCAAACAAAUACUUACACAGGUGUUAGCCUAAACUUGUAUGAAAGUGGUUUACGAUUUUUUAUUUUUUUUUAUAUAUGUUAUUUCUAACGGUUUUUUAAAAUUUUUAAGGUGAAGUUCAUAAAUAUAAGGUGUUAUAAAUUCUAAUGGGAUAAACUCUUGUUGCAAAAUAUGUUUCUUUACCUAAAUGUCAUACUAAAACUAAAAAUAAAAAUAAUUUACUUUUCACAGAUUUAAUACCAGUGACUGAUAAGACCUGUGAGUUAAUUAAUAAAUAAUUGUGUUUUUAAGCAUAUUGACAAUGGUUCUAUUUCUAGUUAUAUAUAUGUAUGGAAAAACUUUACUGUAAAGGUAAAACUUAGGUUGAUCAUCUCCAUUUCAAAAGAAGUAGUAAUCUUUGACUGUCAGUUGGGGGAAGGAUACCCUUAAUCACAUAAAAUAAACAGCUUUUACACCAUGAGGUUAUAGGGUGUCAACAUUACAUUCCACUUGUUCUUAUACUAGAAAUUAGUUAACUAUACUCUGUUGAAUUUUCUUUUCUUUUCUUUUCUUUUCUUAGCUUUACUUUUAGCAAACAUCUCAAAGUUUAACUAAUUAAUUGUCAAAUUUAAUAAAUGAAUCUUACUUCAAUCUUUGAAAUUAUAAGCACCAAUUAUUUUGAUUUUUAACCUUAUAAUGUUUUUGUUCCAUCCUUAAUUCUUUAAAUUAUUAUCUGUUUCAAUCCUUUAACAUGAGAGUGUUGUAAAAUUGAGAACUUGAGUAUUUAAUGCUUAUAACUUUAAAUGCUAAAAUGAGCCCCUAGUCCAAUUUUAACAUUUAAACUGAUUGUUUAAGGAAAGAACUAAAUUGAAUAUUGGCACAAAAUGAUAUUCUCAGCAAAAUGAAUUGAUUUUAAGUUUGAUGCGUGAUCGAUUGUCUUCAAGUUUCAAGUGUAAUGAGAUUAAAAGAGUUAAAUAUUGAAAAUCGAUAGAUGGAUCAAUGAUUGCUUUCGAUCAACCUUUUGAUUGAUCAGUGUACUGACUAUUGGUUAAAUAAGUAAGUCUUUACUAGUUAAAAAUACAAAAUUAUGUAUUUGUAAAUAAAUGUUUCAUGAUUUUGACAAUAAUAAACACAUGAACAAGUGAACUUACAUAAUGAUAGAUGUUCCAAGUCAAAUUAAUUCAACAAGUUUCAUAUAGUCUUAAGGCCUAAGAUCCAAUUUUGUAAAGAUAAUAACGUUAUGGUAUAAUGGGUUCAAUAUUUAAUUAAAAUAUAAAACAUUUGACCUCAUGCAUAGAUAAUUGUUUUCAUCAAAAUAAAAAUUCCAAAUUCUAAUUAAUUAGUCUCUUAAACAUAAGCAAUCAGAUAAUAUUUGGCUUAAAAAUUGUUUUUAGAGAAUAAUUGAUCAAUUAACCUAAUUAUCAUACACAUCUUUUGUUAUCUACAAAAUAU